UGAUAUUUGCGCAAUAACGAGAAAAGGCCAGAUAAGUUUUACUGAUCGUUUCGUUUCAAUAUCUGACGUGAAGUUGUUUACGUUUCCAUAAUUCAUUGCAAGACGCACUUCAUGAAUUGAUAGAAAGUGUUUAGUACAAAAUAUUCUGCUACGUGAAGUUUGUGCUGUGCAGACUGCCAGAUAGAGAUGGCGUCUAUGUAUUUCCUUAGCUUAUGUUUAUUAUUUUGCUGCAUCAAUCGUGGAAGCGGAUUAAGAUGUUGGACUUGCAACGAUGCGAGAUCGGAAAAGCAAUGCAUUGCAAGAGGACAAUCGGAAAAGUGUAGAGGACAGGCAAUGUCUUGCCAGACUGAGAUCCGUUAUCAUGAAGGUGCCGGUAGCAUCCCUUUCAUUACAAAACGAUGCAAACAAACGGACGCAUGCGAGAAUAAUCGGGGACAGAAUCCGGGUGCGGCUGCUGGACCGACUCAAUGUAAUUCUGGCGUACAGAACUCUGUUUGUAGAUGUUGUUGCAGAGGAUUUCAUUGCAAUAGAAGAGACUUUUGGUGCUCCGGAAAUAAAGGUACUGGCCCCACUCCUAAGAAGUGCAAGGUACUGAAUGCUCCAGAAAAUGGAUCAAAGCAAUGCAAGUUCAGAACACUUGAGGGGGACAUUGGCACCAGAUGCACGUUUUCUUGUGAGGCCGGCUAUCAUCUCAACGGCAAUUCUGAAAGCGUUUGCAGACGAGGUGCUCGAGGAACAAAACCAAAAUUUAACAAUGAUCCUCCGGAUUGUGAGGAAAUGCCAGAAAUUACAGCUGGUGGAGACAAUCCCGAGGAUCUGCACGAUUGUGAUGACGCACCAGCCGAACCUGAAAAUGGAGGACGUUCUUGUUUAAGAAAUAGUGCCGGAGUUUCGUGCAGAUAUUUCUGUGGUGAUAGAGAGAGUCUUGUCGGGGAUGGAAUUGUUACCUGUACUCGGAAAGGCGGUUGGGAUGGACCUACACCAGAGUGUAAACCUCGUUGUUCGAAACUACAAGAAAAUUUUCGCAACGGCAAUCGAGUAUGCGACUGGGAAGAUAAUGUCGGAUCAACAUGUGAAUACUCGUGCAAUCCUGGCUUUGAAAUGAUAGGAUCUGCUAUCUCUAAAUGCGUUCAGAGGGGAAAAAAUGCAAUUUGGAGUCCACGAGCGCCUACUUGCACAACGUCUCUCCCCCUUGUUGCAUCCUGCGAAGACCUUGGAACCCUUGAGCAUGGUGAAAUAUUAUGCGAUGGUGAAACAAAUGAGAUCGGAACAAUAUGCGAAAUUAGUUGCGUUGACAGAGGUUUUGCACUAAGGCCAUCAAACCAUACGGAAAUUGAGUGCUUGGCAAAUGGUUGGAGUGCUGAGAAACCUUGUUGUAGCCGUCUCUGUCCUCCAUUUGCUCAGGUGGAUGUUGUUAUAAUCAUGGAUUCCUCGUCAUCCGUGAGAAAACAGGGGUGGGGCAAAAUGCUUUCGUUUGUAAAAGAAGUCAUCGGAUCCUUCACAGUAUCUGAUGCCUCAGCAAGAUUUUCCGUGUUUCGAUUUAAUAGUAAAGUUGAUGUGGAUUCACAAAUUUUAUUUGGUGCUUUUCCAAAUAACAAAACAAAUCUUUUGCAUGCGGUGGAAGAAAUCCCAUACAAUGGACGAGGUACAUACAUUGGAAGAGCCCUAACCCAUGCACGAGAUACAGUUUUGAAGACAGAUAACAGAGAAAAUAUUAAGGAUAUGGUCUGGGUUCUUACAGAUGGGAUUUCGAAGGAUGAAGUUGCAAAAGUAUCGACUGACCUUCGUGAUUUUGGUGCAGAGGUGUUUGCCCUGGGGAUUUCUCACCCUAAAGGAAAACUGUCCAAAGAGCAAUUGCUGAGCAUUGGUGGUGACGAAGAACACGUGAUAAUUACUGAAGAUGGAAUUAACAGCCUUUCAGGAGAACUCGUGGAGCGAGUCGCGGAAAGCAUCUGCGAUCACUCCUGCAUUUAGCCAGUGCAUCUCGUGUGACCAACCCGCCGAACGAUUUUUUUUUCACGCGCCGAUGUACAACAUGGAGAGCAAUUAUAUUUCGGUUCGUCAAACACCUAAAGUUCAAAUGACUUACCGCGUUCCAUUUUUAUUUAUUCGAGAAUUGGUAUUCUAACUGUAUUGAUUACUACUAGGUAAUUAUAUGUUAAUCAAUUAAUAAAUAGUAAGUCGAUAAUGAUGACGUCUUUACGCCACGCUCAUCAUAUAGACUCACCAUGCAAUAGUAAUCAGUACACUAAGCCUUA